CCCCAUUCAAAUCAAACUUACGCGUGAGGAGCUCGUGCAAACCAAACCACAGCGAGAGUAUGUAUAGCAGUUGAUUACAGCUGAAGUAGAAGAACGUCUGUGUUAUGAUUAUUUUAAGUCAGCUAUAAAUUUCUAUUGCUCAAUUUAAGUAGUAAAGGUUAUUUGGUUAGUGGUAGUCGUUUUGUGCACAAAACAUGGUAGAAUUUAAACCAACAAACAUGUCUGAAAGUGAACAGGUGCCUGACUAUAAGCUAAAGAAGUACCAAAUAGAGGGAAAAUUACGGCAAUCCAUGGAAGUGGGUCAAAUAUGGAUGCUGGUAUGUUCAAAAUGGUUUGAAACAUUCAAGAGUUAUGUUGGUUUGGAUAACAACGUUGAAAGAAAUAAUACUGCAAUGCCUCCAGGCCCAAUUGAUAACACAUUGCUAUUAGCUGAAAAGACAGGAACUGAGUUAGCAGAAGGAUUGGUUGAAAACUUAGACUAUGUGGCUGUACCAGAGUCAGCCUGGGAACUUCUUCGUGACUGGUACGGAUUGGCAGAAUAUCAAGAGCCGAUUCAAAGAAAAGUAAUAAAUCUAGCCAAUCCUCCUGAGAAUGAACCAAAACUGGAGGUCUAUCUAAUAAAACUGAAUCUUUUCCAAAAUUCAGAGUUCACAAGUUACUAUGAAUAUGCUUUUAGUGCCAUGGACAAAAUAUCUGAUAUAGAAGACAUCUGUAGAAAAAAGUUUCGUGUAGCAUCUGAUCAGAAAAUAGUGUUAGUAAGUUUUGUUGUUAAACAGCAAACGCAACAUGAACGUGUGCUCAGUAAGAAAUGCAAUACUAUUCAUGAAGAAAAUCUCACUGAGGCUCAUCAAAUUUAUAUGAAGUUUGAAGAUUCUUGGACACCACCAGCAGUGACUAAGAACAACAAUUUAUUGAAAACUAGAGUCCAGCCAAUUCGUACCUUAACUAACCAUGAAUCAGGGGAGACUACCAGAUAUCGUACAUCUAUGCCCUAUGGAAACUUAGGCACAGCUGAAGGCCAGGGCUGUGCGGUCUCUCCAGGCCUCAGUGGUCUAUUGAACUUAGGAAACACAUGCUUUCUCAACAGUAUCAUACAGUGUUUAAGUAAUUGUGAGCCCAUCACUAAAUACUUUCUGGACAAGAACCAUGAAAAAGAAAUCAACGUUAACAAUCCUUUGGGCAAGUCAGGUGUAAUGGCAAGGGCAUUUGCGGACGUCAUAUCCAUGUUAUGGUCGGGCCAAUAUGCUGUCACUGUGCCUCAGUGCUUCAAGAUGCACUUGACCAACUUUGCACCUCAAUUUGCUGGUUAUCAGCAACACGAUGCUCAAGAGCUCUUGACAUUUCUUCUGGAUGGACUCCAUGAGGACUUGAAUCGAAUUCAGGAAAAACCUUACUCCCAAAAUGAGGAAAAUGAAGAUGAGGAUGAUGCUACACUAGCACGAUCAUCUUGGGAAUCCUUUUUGCGACGCAAUGACUCAAUUAUCAUUGAUCAUUUUCACGGGAUGUUAAAAUCAAGACUGGUUUGUCCGGAUUGUGAAAAGGUAUCGAUAAAGUUUGAUACCUUUAGCACAUUAUCACUUCCCUUGCCAAUGGAGUGUGAAAGAACAAUGAAGGUGUGCUACGUGCCUUAUGAUCAGUCAGCAAAAGUGGUUGACUUAAAGGUUGAUGUACCCAAAAAUGGUGUCAUCAAUGAUUUGAUGAUGGAACUUAGUAGAGUGACAGGUGUAAGGACAGAAGAUAUGAUAAUAUCAAAAGUGCACAACAAUCACUUUCAUAAAUUCUACAACCAUGAUGACAUGUUAAGGGAGAUAUGUGUUAAAGAAAAAAUCUACAUGUAUGAUGUGCCGAGAACUUUGGCAGAAAAUCCUUCUGUACAGAGUACUAUCCUGCCAGUGAUACUUUGUGAAGUAAAUGAUUCAAAUCGCAGUACACAAAACAAACUGUUUGGCACACCCUUUCUGCUGUCUCUUCCGCCGGGACCUAUGUUAUUCAAGAAUUUUUAUAUAAGAAUCUGUGAGCAAAUGACAAGAACUAGCGAAGGAUUUUUAAAGGCUAUCAACAAUGUUGGAUCUCUUCCAAUGGAUUAUGAGUCAGCCAGUGGUGACAGCACUUCCAGAUCAAAUUCCACCACAUACCUGUUCAAACCAGUCUUUGUAGAAAUGGACUCGUCCAGUAAUGUACUAAAUAUUGACACUUCAGAAGAUACUAUUGUUCAAAUACCAGAAAACUAUGGACGAGAAGUUUUGGCUCUACAGGUUGAGAGGAAAGUUCACAAAGAGUACUACAAUGAGGAAAUUCCUCUAAUUAGAGAUCAUUGUGACACCUUAAAACAUUCAACAGUUCCAACUAUUGAGGACUGCCUUAACCUGUUCACCUCCACAGAAAAACUAGGAACAAACAAUGCCUGGUUUUGCCCACGCUGUCAUGAGAAGAAACGUGCAUCUAAAAAAUUGGAUUUGUGGAAAUUACCUAACAUUCUCAUUUUACACUUGAAGCGUUUUGCAUUCACUGAGAUAAGAAGAGGGAAAUUGGGAAUUAAAAUUGAUUAUCCAGUAACAGGCUUGAAUUUAAGCAAUGUUGUAGCCAACAAGCAAAAAGAAAAUUUAGUAUAUGAUUUGAUUGGUGUUUGCAAUCAUUAUGGCAAUCUGACUGGUGGGCAUUAUACAGCGUAUUGCAGAAACUUCAAUGAUUAUAAGUGGUAUUCCUACGAUGACAGUGUAGUGUCAGUGAUUUCACCAGAGACUGUACAGACGGACAGUGCUUAUGUUCUAUUCUACGCCAGGCGCCCUAUUAAAAAGGCAGACCCAAAUGAAGAAAAGGUUGACUUAUAAAUGCCUUCUAUUUACUUGUACAUAACGUUUUUUGUGUUAUGUAAAGUUUCUUGUUAAAUGUUAUGAUAUUAUAUUUAGUACAGUUAAAUUUUAUAGAUUUUUAACAUGUUUUUUUGUUUGUAAUGACUAUUGUUACCUUUUAAAUAUGGGACUCAUUCAAUAUAUUCACAAUGAAAAUUGGAAAGAAAUCUGUACAAACAAAAUCUGUUCAUGGCAUGUUUGUCCAUUGAAGUUCAUAUUUUGUUUCUUGGUAAGAUAGAAAAAAAUGUCAUGUAAAAAUAGUGAGCAAACAGUAUAUUAAUUACACAAAAUACUAAGUUAAAAUGUAUUUUUAAUUCUUCUCUAAUGAGUAAAAGUCACAUUUUACCGCCUAUAUUACAAUAAUUUCCAUUAUGAUUGAAAAAUAUGUAAGUGGUUGUGUAAGAAAGAUAAGAAUUUAAUUACCUAAUUAUAAUAAUUCUUAUAGUUCAUAUUUGUACCUCAAGCAUUGACAUUACAUUACAUAUUGGGGGGAAAGUGUUUCCAUAUUGAUCAGCAGUUUGUGUUGGGUACAAAUAAUAAUGGGUUUCUAAACAAAUGUUCUUUUGUCAUUGACACUAUUGAAUCUCCGGUAGAUCUCUUCUAAAAUUUGGAAUUUGUAGUUAAAUGUUGUGUGGAAUUCUUAGUUUACACUCUUAGUUUUUAGUUUUCUCUUUAAAAUGUUGUAUUUUUUAUGAGGAUAUAAUUACCUGUGUUGUAAACAAUCCAAAGGGAGUGUUUAAUGUGUUUUAUAAAAUAAAGUAUUUCACAAUUUUUAA